UUAUACUACAUAAACUAACCCUUCAUUUUCCAUCUCUAUUCAAUCUCACAAUAAGGGUUUUUGUAGUGUAGAAUAACAUUGUCGAUUGUUAUUUCAUUCAUCAAGACAGUCUUACCGCUUCUGAACUCUGUAGCAAAGUGUUUCAUCCGCUACCUUUAGUUCAGAUCGAAUUAGAAUGAAACAGAUUAAUUAAAGAAAGAUGGCAAAGUUGGUGGGGCAUGUAGGGACAGGUCUUGGUUUCUUUCUAAUAGGUAUUUGGCACUUGUUUAACCAUAUUAAACUACAUGUUUUGCACCCAAAUGGCUACACAUCUUUACUUUGGUUUCCAACUCCAAAAAUAAGACAUUUUGAACUUUUCUUGAUUAUGUGUUUUACCUUAAUUUUCUUAUUAAUGGAAAUUUUUGGUAAUCAUAAUCUACUAAAUUUAGAUGGAACAAUCCCUUCUAACCAUCUUCAUUAUCUUGAACAUUCAUGUAUAUCUUUAUCUUUAUUUAUUUAUUCAUUUUUCUCCAUGUUAAUUGACAAAUUUGCCCCUACAAUCCAUUCCCAAAAUGGACUUACAAAUUUUCUUGCAUCAAUUGCUUUUGGUCAAGAAUUACUUUUAUUUCAUCUUCACUCAAGUGACCAUAUGGGGGUUGAAGGACAAUACCAUUGGCUUUUACAAAUAGUAAUUUGUGUGUGUUUAAUCACUACCCUUUUGGGAAUUCCAUUUCCAAAUAAUUUCUUGAAUAAUUUUGUGAGAUCUUAUAGUAUUAUGUUUCAAGGACUUUGGCUUAUGGUUAUUGGUGUUAUGCUUUGGACACCAAAAUUUAUACCAAAAGAUUGUUUUAUUAACUUGGAAGAAGGGUAUCAAGUUGUUAGAUGUCAUGGACAUAAAUCACUUGAAAGAGCAAAAUCAUUAGUGAAUAUUGAAUUUAGUUGGUAUAUUAUUGGAACCACAUUUUUAGUGGUUUCUAUUUAUUUGAUUUGUUUCAAGAUUUUCACAAAAAAUAUUAAUGUUGAGUAUCAAUCCUUAAAAAAUAAUUUUGAGGAUAAUGAAGAAGUGGAUUUUGUGGAUGUUGAAGAUCAAAAGAGAAGUGAAUUGAAGAAGAAGUUUGUUGAAAUGGGAAAAGUGUUUGCUACAUAAUUGACAAGAUUAUUAUUAUUAUUAUAUAUAUAUAUAAUAUAGGCAAGAAAUGAAGAGUUUAUUGUUAUAGCAAGGGAUUGGAAUGUACAAAAAAAAAGGUGGGGGUGAUUGAUUGAAUAUUUGUUUUUAGUUAUGGG